AAACAGCUGUUCGGGACACCACCUCGCUCAUUGUUUUCAGCGGCGCUGUCAAAGAAGCGGUCGGGCUCCGACAUGGUGAUGUUUCUCCGCAGGAGCUGCUCGUCGAAAACAUGUCACAGUAACGCAGAAUAAUGAUGGAAAGGACACCUGAAAUAUAGCCACAGAGAGCUUCAGCGACAGCGACGGUCGGAGUGCUGCGGUAACAAGUGGAGGAAAUUCAGGCGAACGAAGGUGGAAUGAGAAGACAGGUCAUGGGCAGAUGAUGGAUGUUGAGUCGUUAUACUCAGAUUUCAUUAACUGUGAUCGCACGGGCCGCAGGAAUGCAGUGCCAGACAUUAAGGGUGAAGGAACAGCGGGGGGCACCAGUGAACUGACCAAAGAUAUGGCUCAAAUCGACCUGAAGGCAGGAGAGGCGGAUGCUGCCGGGGCUCCGGCCCCUGAGGCGGAGGCAUCAGGGAGCCAGGAGCCAGAGCAGAGCAAAGAGGGAGCCUCUUAAGAUGAAGCAGAGAAAGAGAAAAGACAGGAUAAAAGAGAAGUGCCCUGCCUGCUCCAACACCACCUGCUCUUUCGUCACUAGCUCUACUCAGACUGCCUCCCAGGCAGCAGUCAGCAGCGGCUCUCGCAGACUCUGAUACUCCUUGGAGACGCCACUUGACAGAAUGGAUUUAUUAAGCACUACCAUAGUCUCCUCUUUGCAGCCCUGACAAGUCUGAUGGAGCUGUAUUUCUACCAUUCCUGAGAGGAAGCACAGACUUUUUGAUACCUUUUCAUCCUAAACUCUACAACUGUUCACCCUGAACAGGAUUUUUGGGAAAUACACGAGACCGUGGGUUCAGAACUACUACGAAGUACCAAAUACACUCAUUCAUGACACAUGCUGAGGACUUAGUUACUGAUUAUUUUUUUUGUUUUGUUUUUUUUGUUUGCUUGUUUGUUUUUUUUUACAGUAACAGGUAUAGCUACAUCAGAGUGGAUUGUAGGGAAAUCUAUUUAUUUCCUAAUAUUCCCUGAGGUCAAUAGAAUUGUGUUUCUGUACUACAUUAUAUACUUUAAAGUGUAUGUUACAUAAUUAACAAUAUUUAUAUAGUACAUGAGUUACAGCUUUCUGCUCACGAAAACACUCUGCAUUUGUUUUCUCUUUAUAUUGUAAGUACCUCAGAAUAAAUGGGAAUGAUAUUAAUACAGUU